CCAAAUGGAAAACUUGUAAUAGUUUUUCAGAUGAAAGGCAAAAGAGGAAAGAAGAAGAAUCAGAAUUUAUCCUCCCUCUUCUUCUUUAUUCAUCCGUAAAUGAUUAUUUCUCACUCUCUCCGUGAUUUCUUCCAUUUCUAUGCAAUCAAGCUUGCUUGUAAACCCCAUUCAUCCUAACUUCAUCAAUUAAUUCUACAAGGAAGCCUAAGGUACUGGAAUUUAAGGGAUUCAAGGAGACAAAGAAACUUGACAAAGGAGAAUUAGAGGUUGGGGGAUGUUAAGCAUCAAUUGGUAUUGUUCUUGAGAUUGCCACGGCAUCAUGGUCCCGUUCUCAUGCAAAUGACACGUUUGUGUUCUGCCACCGCAUGCAACAACACCUGUCUCAUGCGUCUCCUUUCCCCUUCACUAUCCAUUUCCAUGGAUGAAAACCAAAAACACUCAUUUGUUUUGCCUACACCAACAGACUUAAUCAACAACAACAUGGCCUCUAUCUUUUCCCCUUUCUACUCCCUUUUAACACCGACAUCUGAGUCCUACCACCAUGAUCAGGAAACCAAAGACAAUGCUCCUUCACAAAUAGCUUAUGGAAGCAUAGUAUUGCUGAAGAAACUAGGACUAUGUUUCCUGAGUGCUGCAUAUGUGUGCAUGGUUCUGUUUUUGGUUCUGAUUUUAGCUUUUGUGGUGGGUGUUGGGUUGGUUCGGUUUUGGGUUGAGGAGCCUCUGAUUGUUCAUGAAAGUUUGCAUUUUGAUUACACUGAAACUAACCCUUCAGCUGUUUUUUCAUUUAGCGGUGAAGUUAGUGCCGCCGGAGGGUAUAUUAAGACAAAACAUAUACGAGUUCCAGUUGGUCACACAUUUUCUGUUUCUUUAUCACUCUUGAUGCCUGAAUCUGAUUUCAACAGAGAGCUUGGAGUGUUUCAGUUGACAGCAGAACUCCUAUCAGUAAAUGGAAAUGUGAUAGCAAAAUCAAGUCAGCCAUGCAUGUUACGGUUCCGAAGCUCGCCGAUUCGACUCGCGAGGACGGUUAUGAUGGGUUUGCCUUUGGUACUAGGAAUCUCAGCUGAGACACAGAAAAUCAAUGUAGAAAUACUAAGGCACAAGGAACUGAAUCAAAGAACCAAUGCUAUAAGACUAACCCUGCAUCCAAGAGCAGGAACUUCAUCUCUUCCACAGCUAUAUGAAGCUGAAAUUGUUCUUAACUCUCAUCUUCCUUGGACAAAAGAGUUAAUCAGGAAUUGGAAGUGGACUUUCUACGUUUGGGUUUCAUUGUAUGUGUACAUUUUGCUACUCAUGCUUCUGCUAUGUUGCUUUAGGCCACUCAUUUUUCUAGUCACACCGGAGUCUUUCAGUGAUCAAAGAGUGAGUGACGGUGUAACAAGUGAAGAACUUAAAGAGUUACAAGAUGGAGAGUUAUUAGGUGAUGAGAGUGAUGUUUCUGAGUUGUUGAGAAAAUUGAGAGUUAGCAGAAAUAAGAGAAAGACUAUACUGACGUAUGGUGGUGUUGGUGUGGAAGAAAUAGUUGGUUCAUCAGCUUCAAGCAUUAGCAUGUCUGCUACUAGAGAAGAUGCAACCAGUACUGCAGUGGAAGAUGAAACUAGUGUUGAUGUGGAAGAUGAUGUUGAGGAUUCUGAAUCAGUGUGCAUUGAUUAGAGGGUGUACUUUUGUUAAAUGUGAUAAGGAGAAGGAAAAAUCAGGCAGUCUUUUGCCAAAACCAUAACUGAACCUAACUAACUUCUAAAACAGUUACAAAAACUGUUAUGAAGCUUUUGUUAUCUGUUACUUAUUAUAUAAGUAAUUUGCACUUAUUGUGAAUAAUGAAAAGCUUGUUAAUCUCUA